UUUCCUUCUAACCUAGCAUGCUUCUAGUAUAAAUUUGGACCCUUAGUCCUCCCUCUAAUGUCAUUCACAUAUGCAAGCUUAUUGUCCUUCAAGAUCAUUUCUUAAAAAUAUAUCUACCAUGGCUCAUGCCAAAGUAUUCAUUUUGCUCCUUUUCAUCCUUAUGAUUCUUCCCAUUUUUUCCGUUGAGUCGGUCUCUAAAAAAAUCGAAGAUAUAAAUUAUAUAUACAUCUUCAACAAGGAUGGAGUGCCAAAGAUCAAAUCAAGGAAACUUCUAGAAGCUGAUCUAGUGCAGUUAGACUACGAUUAUGCAGGACCAAAUCCUAAGCAUGAUCCUAAGAGGGGAAGAGGUGGUGGAAGGAACCCUUGAAUUAAUGUUUUUUUUAAUACUAUUAUUAUUUGAUUACUAUAAUUAGUAAGUGUAUUACUAUAUUUAAUUAAGUAGCUGUCUCUUUCUCUUUAAUUGAUUAAGAUGGAGAAAGAAUUUUGAGCCAUAUACUAUAUUGUAAAAGAUCCGGAAUUAAUAUUUAAUAUUUAAUAUAAAUAAUAAUGAUGCAUUAUUUAUUAAUUAGAAUUCAUU